AUGUUAUCAUCAGGAGUUGUACUUAUCAAUUCAAGGGUUUUAAGUUCAAGUCGAUCCAGUCCCUUUUACUGUUUCUAUAACACCAACAAGGAAAGGUUCCUUAUCAUCUUCAUGAAGCAACAGGGUGGGGACUUGAGGUCUCUGAGCUCAAGAAGCAAUUGGAAAUUGCUAGACAAAAGGGUUCUUGCUGAAGAGAACCAAGGAGACAUUGUUGAGUUCUACAAGAAAGAAGGCUUGGUUCUUCUAGCAGAUGAGACAUUGGAAGAUGCACUGAAAAACUUAGAGGGUGUUACCUGCAACAAAGCAGUGCAAUGUAUCUUUUCCCACAAGUUAAGCUGCCAAAUAAGGCCAUAAAAGUGACAGAGAAAGCUAAAAAAACUUCGAAUGUAUAUUAUGUAAUUCGUCUUAAGGGUUUUGUAGUUGGCAUCAUGGUAUCAAGGGAUUACUGGACACCAUUGCUGCUGUUUUGUGUUGUUUUGCUGUUUUGAGACUAUUUAUGUUUUGUUGUUUUGUAGUUUGUUGCUGACUUGUUAAAUUCCAAUUGUUGCUGUUUUAAGA